AUGUGGAAGAAAUGCUUCACUAUUAUGGGAUAUAAGUCUCAGCUGGUAUGCGUCCAUGUGCGCUGCUGCAGUGGGCCAGCCCUCCCUGUGCACAGAAUAACAGCUCUGCAGGCAGUACAUUCCUGGAGUCAACAUUUCCAGGAGAAAGGUGUGAGUGAACCAGAGCUGUCGAGCCACUACAUAACAGCGCAUGUGCUGGGGGCCAAGACGAUUGAAAGUGUAAAGAAGGAGACACUAUCUGAGCUUCUCAGCCCUGAAGAUACACAGCAGAUAUGGAGGCUUUGUGCCAAAAGACUUCAGAGGUUGCCAGUGCAGUAUAUUAUAAAGGAGUGGGACUUCAGGGACCUGACUCUGAGGAUGAAAGUGCCUGUAUUUAUCCCCAGACCUGAAACUGAAGAGUUAGUUGAAAUUGUCCUUUCAGAUUUCAAGAAUCAAACUGGGAGCUUAAGCAUCUUAGAAGUGGGCUGUGGUUCUGGUGCAAUCUCUUUAAGUCUAUUGAAGAGUCUACCACAGCUCACAGCAGUGGCCUUGGACCAAAGUGAGGACGCUGUCAAUUUAACCAAAGAAAAUGCACUCAGUCUAGGACUUCAAGACAGAUUACAACUUCAUCACUUGGAUAUAUUCAAAGACGCAGAGGCCGUGGUGGAUCACUGCGGUGGAGUCUCAGCCGUGGUCAGUAACCCCCCGUACCUGUUCACUGAAGAUAUGUCGUCACUGCAGCCAGAAAUACUCUGUUUCGAGGACCCUGCCGCUUUAGACGGAGGAGAAGACGGACUUACAGUGAUCAGACAAGUCUUGAUUUUGGCAUCACGGAUCCUCCAAAACAACGGCCGCCUGUAUUUGGAGGUGGAUCCGAGACACCCUCCUCUUAUUCAACGAUGGGUAGAGUUACACCUGGAAGAGCUGCGUUAUGUGGAGACUAAGCACGAUUUCAACAACAGGGCAAGAUUUUGCAUCCUUCAGAAAAAAACAAACAAACAAGAGCUACAAGAUUUGGAUUGA